ACGACGGUUAUAAGAUGGAAUGGACUCGCUGGAUGUGGAGAAUCCUCAUAGUGCCCCAUGGUUUUCUUCAAAGGGCCCUCGGGCUGAAGGCGUUCUGCGCAUACGCUGGCGGGGACCUGGCUGCACAUAGCGAUAUUCCCCCCACCCCAGAGAGCUCCGCAAACCCUGCCAUUUGCCAGACUCGGCAGCGAAAAGGAAAGGCAGGAAGGCAGUGGCGGCCGCGCGAGCCAGAGACAUGUAAAAUGGCGGUGCAAGUGGACGGAGGUUCCUCCGACGGGGGCGAUCCAGACGAGUUAAAAACGCAAUUUUACACCAGAGAAGGGACCUACCGCUUAAUGACGCUGUCGGAAUACUCCAGGCCCAACAGGGUUGGAUACACCAACACGCAGGGCAAUGCCUCGGUCCGAGUGUCGUUUGUAAAUUUGCCGGACCCCUCUGGCAAUGGAGACAGAAUCUGCUUUAACUUCGGCAGAGAACUCUAUGUUUAUGUUUAUAAAGGAGUGAAGAAGGCUGCUGAUCUUACUAAACCUGUUGACAAGAAGAUGUACAAAGGCACCAAUCCAACAUGUCAUGAUUUUAAUUCUAUAACACCGACUGCUGACACAGUAUCGCUACUCGUCGGGUUUUCAACUGGCCAAAUUCAAUUAAUAGACCCAAUUAAAAAGGAGCUCAGUAAAUUAUAUAAUGAAGAGAGGCUUAUUGAUAAGACCAAAGUUACCUGCAUAAAAUGGGUCCCAGGAUCCACAAAUCUAUUUCUGGCGUCACACAGUAGUGGGCAGUUGUAUUUGUACAACGAAGAGCUUCCCUGUGGAACGACUGCUCCCAAUUAUCAGCCUUUUAAACAAGGAGAUGGCUACGCCAUUCACACUUGCAAGACUAAGAGCACUCGCAAUCCUUUAUACCGAUGGGUAUUGGGGAGUGAAGGUUGUUGCAUAAAUGAGCUUGCUUUUUCUCCUUGUGGUGUUCAUUUAGCAGUGGUCAGUCAAGAUGGUUUUCUGCGUGUCUUUCAUUACGAUACUAUGGAGCUUGCUGGUGUAGCCCGAAGCUACUUUGGUGGAUUUUUGUGUGUGUGUUGGUCGCCCGACGGGAGAUAUGUGGUUGUUGGUGGAGAAGAUGAUUUAGUCACUGUUUGGAGUUUCCAUGAAAGAAGAGUGGUUGCUCGGGGGCAAGGACACAGAAGCUGGGUUAGUGUAGUUGCAUUUGAUCCUUUUACAUCUUCCUGCAGUGGAGUGAAAGUGAAUGGUGACAGUGGUAGCAAUUCUAAAGUGGACUUCAGUGAUUCUGACAGUGAAUCUAGUUUCGAUCCUAAAAGGACUCCUACAAGUUCUGACAUGACUUGUUAUCGCCUUGGGUCUGUUGGACAAGAUACUCAAUUAUGUUUGUGGGACAUAACAGAAGAUGUCUUGCGACAACCUAUGUGCCCUCGAACAAGAACAACAAGCACAGCUGGUUUUGGCAGUAUAAGUGGAUCAAAAACUGUAAAUGGCAAUGGAGCCCCAUCAGGUGGGUCUGUGAGCAGUGCUACUGGACCUGUGGUGGAAAAUAGUAAAAGUAACAAUGUGGCCAAUUCAGUUGGAUCCAAAGACAAAGCUGCGGAUCAUUCUUCAUCCAACUCGCAUCAUGGUGGAUCAACCUUAACCCAAAAACUUGCUGCUUUUGGUUUCGGGGAUCGCAAAGAUGGUCACAAGAGAAAUUUCAGUCUUGGACCUAAAUCUGGAUCCUCUUCAGACAAGGGCCAUAACUCGACAUCAGUAAAAUCAAAUCAUAGUGCUGCUGACGACCCAAUGAGAUUGAUAGGCACCAGCACCUGCCCCAGAUUCGAUGAAUGCCCUUUGUUAGAGCCUCUCAUUUGUAAGAAAAUUGCUCAUGAGAGAUUGACAGCUCUUGUAUUCAGGGAGGACUGUUUUGUAACCGCCUGUCAGGAUGGUUAUGUGUAUACAUGGGCCCGGCCUGGUAAACUGUGCGGUGGGGGACCAGCCGCGGCCAAUCGGCCGUCGAGCCCAGGCCGCGUGUCUCUGGGGACGACCGGGGCCGGCCUGGGCCUCGCCCCUUGCGGGCCUUGUGCCAACGGCGACGGCGACGGCGUUUCGCCGGUGGUGGCGGCAGCGGCAGCCAGGAGCUCUCCAGACUUACCAGAUUCUAAAACCUUACUUCUAUAGUUAAGCAUUAAGUAUUUUGCAGCCUUAUCCAGCGCCCAAGCAGAAUCAGCCAUAUCUUUCAAAGUGAAACCCCAUUUCUUACAUUUUGCUCAAGAAUCCUGCCGCCCCUGGAGGCAGAAAUCAUUUUUAGCUAGAUGUUUUGCUUUUUCUGCUGAUGGGCAUGCUGUGCUGCUACUUCUUAAAUUUUAUUGAUAGCAGAACAAUUGUACCUUACUAGGAGAGCUCAUUGUACACAAUUUUUUUGUGGUUCUGCCCACUUAAUUAAUUACGAUAGGGUAAGAGGUAGUCCCUAUCUUCCACACUUAAAUAUAAUUAAAUCAAAAACAAAACUUAAAAAAAUAAAUACAAUGUGCUCCUAAUAGUGUAAGGAGUGAAGGCUGUGCCUAGUUACUAAGGGGAGUGUCCAUCCCCUAUCCAAAGAUGAAACAACCUCUAAAGAGGUGGGAUGUUGUUAAGUUAAUCAUAUUUGUGCUUGCUUUGAAUCAUGUUGCAGUUUAUGAUGCAAAUGUGUUCUUUCUCUGGUCUACUUACUUUUAGUGGUCAACAUUGAAUGAUUGACUUAUUCUGUGUUAUAGGUAAUAUUUUGAUUAUUAAAUGGGGAUUUGUUACUUCUGCUCUGUCCUCAAAUUCUAACUGUCAAAGGUCUUAAUUUAUGACAGAUGUUUUCAUAUUUGCAAUUGCUUGUUUUCUAAUGUUACUGUUUCCUUUUUUUUUUUUUUUUUUUCUUUUCCAUUAGAACAAGUCAACAGUCCUUGAUAUGCGUUUUAAAUUUUCUCUGAAGCUAGUUUGUCUUGUCUUCUUCUUGAACCAAUGGUUUGUUUAUUUGUUCAAAAUUGGAUCACAAAACUUCUUAUUGGCGAAGACUAACCCUCUCUCAUGGCCGGAGAGUUUGUUUCUAGUAUUUUAGGUUUAGGCCUCAAAAAGUAUUUGGUCCGUUUUCUUUUACUGCAUUUUUAGAAAUCAGUAGAUAAAAUAGUGUUAGUAACACCUCUAGAUUCUUGAAUUAACAUUCAAAAAAUACUUGAGCAUGCUUUUCUCUACCCAAAUGGACAUUUUCAAGAAUUUCGAUAAUCUUGAAAGAACACUUCUUUGUAGCUACAUCAAAUCGCCUGGAUUCAGCAUGCAAUUUAAUUCUGUAUUUUACCGUGAUUCUUUUUUGUAUCUCCUAAACCUUCCAAAGAUUUGAUUUGUUUCUUGUACCUCGAAGUCAUGAAGCCAUUUUUGCUCCUUUCCUUUAUUCUGCCUAAAAGGAAGUUGUCUAAAUUGUACUUUUAUUACUGUAAUAUUUGUGUCAUGCCGUUAGGCAACUUUAGAUCUUAAGUAAUGGCCUCAACCUAGAGCACUCCUUUUAUCCUCCUCAAGUCCUUGAUCAAUUUUAUUUUAGGACUAGAGUGUAUGUGCCAGUUGAGUUGUGUGUUAAAAAUCAGGCUGAUAAAUGCUCUGGGAUACAAUCCAGGAAACAUCUUUAAACUAUUUAAGUGGAAGGGGCACUUAAUUUGAGUUGUGUGAACUGUGUCUGUGAUGAUUUCCUACUUGUGUGCAAAACAACGAAAAUUCAAUGGCAUUCCCAAUUUGCUACUUAUCUGUAGGAAUGAACUUAAAUUUCCAUGAAGGACAUCCUUACAGGGUCUACAUAUCAGUAUGACGUUUUAAACCUAAUUCCAUUUUAUUGAUGCAGUUCAACUCUUGUGAAUCAUUGCCACUUGUUCACCAACCUUUCUAUUUAUUUUGUUGUCUAUUGAAAUUAUUAUUUGCAUUUUUGAUGUGCAUUCAUUUUUCUCAGAUUUGUCUUAUGUGGACCAUGCUGGUCUAAAAUGCUGACAUUUUGACGAUUGGGGCCAUUUAGAGAGACCUGUCUUUGUAAUGCGACUUAAAUUAGAUCGAUUGGGUUUAAGAUUUGAGCUAUGGUUUAUGUUGAAAUGUGCGCCUAAUUGACUCAUCUUAACUUUUGACAGAUCUAUAUCUAUACCUUGACUUUCUUCCUUUCUAGAAUGUAUCAAUACAUGGUACAUAAUUUUAUACUUUCAUUUAAGAAGCUGUAUCUUUCUUUUAUCGCUCUAACAUUUUGAGCUUUAUGUUGUGCAUUAUUAGAUGAUGCUGUCAAGUAACAAUGAGAUAGUAUUAAUACCAAAAGAUAAAAACCUAAUUUUUGGAAAACCUUGUAAGAUUAAUCAAAGCAGAAGAAUCUGGAUGGGUAGUCUGAAGCUUCAUGGCUUAUCUUGGCCUUGUGGUUGUUACUAUCAGAUAGCAGAUUCAAAGCAUUGUCUUUAUAAAGAGGAUCAACAUGUUACAUAUUUAUUUGUUUACUGAAUACUGUUAUGAAUGCCUACAGUAUCACUUCAACCAGAAUUACUUUUGGCAGUCUUUCCUUUUGUAAUUAAUGUUGGUUUCAAAUGAUGAGUUCAAUUUUAUGUUUCUCAUAUCACAUUUCAUGCUAUAAAGCUCUGAAGUGGUUUCUCUCAAUGUUUCCCAUGUGUGAAUUGGCCAUUUUGUGAUAAUCUUCUUCCUGCUCUGAAUUUUUGUUCAGUGUGAGAAAGAAACCCUUUGUUAAAAGUGUUGUGUACAUUUUUAUUUACGCAUCUUACAUGUUAAUUGGUUGUACUCUUUGUUGAAAAUAAAAUUUAUUUAUGUUUAUACUCUUCUAUUCUAAAGCAAUAGAUGAGAAAAUUUAUAUUGAGUAUGUCACUCAAUAAAUAUUUUUAGUAAGAAUGAGGAGUGUGAAAGCAACUCAAUAAAAGUAAAAAUUGAAUGAAUUAAACUCUUUUUUUUAAAUACUGAAACAAAUGAAUAUAUGUACUUCUGUAUGUAAAGAUCAACAUAUGUGUAAAUACAUAUAGUAUCUAUAUUUAUAUGUAUGUACAGGUAUUGUGUAAAUUUGGCAUAUUCAAUUAAAAAGUACGAAAGUU